AUGAACAAUCAUUACUACAAAAUUAUGAUCAUAUCCCUUGUUGGGUGUCUUUUGCUCGGAUUAAUGGCUCAAAUUUCUGUAGCUUCUGUUGUUUCAACAGGGGACUUCAAUAAGGAUUUCUUUGUCACCUGGUCUCCUAGCCAUGUCAACACUUCUGCUGAUGGUCGAAUAAGAAGCCUGAAGCUUGACCAAGAAUCAGGUUCUGGUUUUGCUUCGAACCAGAUGUUUCUGUUUGGACAAAUUGACAUGCAGAUCAAACUAGUACCAGGUUAUUCAGCCGGCACAGUUGUUGCCUAUUAUCUGAGUUCUGAUCAGCCGAACCGCGACGAGCUAGAUUUUGAGUUCCUUGGCAAUGUGAUCGGGGAACCAUAUAUCCUUCAAACAAAUAUUUUUGCUGAUGGCUUUGACGACCGUGAAGAAAGGAUUAAUCUGUGGUUUGAUCCCACAAAGGACUUCCAUACGUAUUCUAUCUUGUGGAACCUUCACCAAAUUGUGUUCAUGGUGGAUUGGAUUCCCAUAAGAGUGUACAGAAACCAUGCAGACAAGGGAGUGGCGUUUCCUAGGUGGCAGCCGAUGGGCAUCAAGAGCAGCCUAUGGAAUGGUGACAGCUGGGCAACACAUGGCGGCCGCGACAAAAUCAAUUGGUCAAAGGGCCCCUUCAUAGCAUCAUUCAGGAACUACAAGAUUGAUGCCUGUGUGUGGAAAGGAAAUGCAAGGUUUUGCAGGGCAGAUAGUUCUAUAAAUUGGUGGAACAAGGAGAGAUUCAGCACCCUAACAUCUAUACAGAGAAGGUGGUUCAAAUGGGUGAGGAAGUAUCACAUGAUUUAUGACUAUUGCCAAGACAACCAGAGAUUCCAAAACAACCUUCCCAAGGAAUGUUCUCUUCCUAAGUAUUGACCAAAAUGGAGGAAAAGGCAGCAUAUUUGAAUAGGAUCUUCUUCGUUUCGUGAAUUAGGAUUUAGAGUUGGUGUAUUUAAUGGUGUACAUGACGUUAAUGUUGAUACGUCUUUUAAAAAAUUUAAAUAAGUGACAUUAUAUACACCGUUAGAUACAUCAACUUUAUGUCUUGACCGUGAAAUGGAGAAGAUCUUUGUCCAUCCCGAUGGCUGUUGAGCAGACUGGUUGCUGCUUAGCUA